UCCCGAACUCUCGCGGGAUCCCGUCCCCGAGCGGCAGGCGGGGAGUUCUCGCGGGAUCUGCCUGCUGGGCUGAGGCUCGGGGGCUGCUGUUAAGAUGGCGGCGGCGGGAGGCGACUGGGCCUGGCACUGACCCCGCGCCCGGAGCAGGCCCUCAGUUAGUCUGGUCGAAGUGGAUUAGAGCAACCGCGAAAACCGGAAGGUGUUUCCCUUGGCCGGCUGGGGCGAAGCGUGGGUGCCGGAUUAGUGAUUCGGAUAGCAGACCGGACCGAGCAUGGACUGGUUGUGAUUCCAGGAUCAGAAAGUGGAAAAGAAUAAAAAAUGAAAGUGGACCGAACGAAACUGAAGAAAACCCCCACCGAGGCUCCUGCCGACUGCAGGGCCUUGAUCGACAAGCUCAGAGUCUGCAGCGAUGAGCAGCUGCUGCUGGAACUGCAACAGAUCAAGACAUGGAACAUCGGGAAGUGCGAGCUGUACCACUGGGUGGAUCUCUUGGACCGCUUUGACGGCAUCCUGGCCGACGCCGGGCAGACGGUGGAGAACAUGCUGUGGAUGCUGGUGUGCGACCGGCCGGAGCGGGAGCAGCUCAAGGCCCUGCUGCUGGCCGUGCUCAACUUCACCGCCCUACUCAUAGAGUACAGCUUCUCCCGGCAUCUCUACAGCUCCAUCGAGCACCUGACCACGCUGCUGGCCUCCUCGGACAUGCAGGUGGUGCUGGCCGUGCUGAACCUGCUCUACGUCUUCAGCAAACGCUCCAACUACAUCACGCGCCUGGGCUCGGACAAGCGGGCGCCCCUGCUGUCCCGGCUGCAGCACCUGGCCGAGAGCUGGGGCGGCAAGGAAAACGGCUUUGGACUGGCCGGGUGUUGUAGAGACUUGCACAUGGUGAAAUACCCACCCAGUGCCACCACGCUGCACUUUGAGUUCUAUGCAGAUCUGGGCACCGAGGUCAAAGUGGAUAAAAGGACGACCAGCAACACGCUGCAUUACAUCCACAUAGAACAGCUGGACAAGAUUUCGGAAAGCCCCUCCGAGAUCAUGGAAUCCCUCACCAAGAUGUAUAGCAUCCCCAAGGACAAGCAGAUGCUGCUCUUCACACACAUCCGCCUGGCGCACGGCUUCUCCAACCACAGAAAGCGUCUGCAGGCUGUCCAGGCCCGGCUGCAUGCCAUCUCCAUACUAGUGUACUCCAAUGCCCUGCAGGAGUCGGCCAGCAGCAUCCUGUACAACGGGCUGAUAGAGGAGCUGGUGGACGUGCUGCAGAUAACGGACAAGCAGCUCAUGGACAUCAAGGCGGCCUCCUUGAGAACCCUCACCUCCAUCGUCCACUUGGAGCGGACCCCGAAACUCAGCAGCAUCAUCGACUGCACGGGAACCGCCUCCUACCACGGCUUCCUGCCGGUCCUCGUGCGGAACUGCAUCCAGGCCAUGAUCGACCCGACCAUGGAGCCGUACCCUCACCAGUUUGCCACGGCCCUCUUCUCUUUCCUCUACCACCUGGCCAGCUACGACGCGGGCGGGGAAGCGCUGGUUUCCUGCGGCAUGAUGGAGGCCUUACUGAAGGUGAUCAAGUUCCUGGGGGACGAACAGGACCAGAUCACCUUCGUGACCCGGGCGGUCCGCGUGGUGGAUCUCAUCACCAACCUGGACAUGGCGGCCUUCCAGUCCCACAGCGGCCUCUCCAUCUUCAUCUACCGGCUAGAGCACGAGGUGGACCUGUGCCGCCAGGAGUGCCCCUUCGUCAUAAAGCCAAAAAUCCAGAGACCGCCCACCGCCCCCCUCCAGGAAGGGGAGGAGAUGGAGACUGACAUGGAAGUGUCGGACGUGGCCAUGGAGAGCAGCCCGGGCCCCUCGACCUCAGCGGAGCCCCGGCCAGAAGCGGCAGCAGUGGUGGUGGCGGAAGUGAGGACGCCGAGCGCCGUUGCCCCCAGCUGCAGCACCGGCGGCGCGACCAGUGCCGUCGUCGCCCCCCGCAGCGGCGUGCAGUGUAUCCCACAGCGAGCCGCCCUCCUCAAAUCCAUGCUCAACUUCCUCAAGAAGGCCAUCCAGGACCCCGCCUUCUCGGACGGCAUCCGCCACGUGAUGGAUGGCUCCUUGCCUACCUCUCUGAAGCACGUCAUCAGCAACGCGGAGUACUACGGCCCGUCUCUCUUCCUGCUCGCCACCGAAGUGGUGACGGUCUUCGUGUUCCAGGAGCCCUCACUGCUCUCCUCGCUGCAGGACAACGGGCUGACGGACGUCAUGCUGCACGCCCUCCUCAUCAAAGACGUGAGCCUGGCCGCCCCACCGGCCCCACACCCUCGCCUGGCUGGCUGGAUCCGCCGGCUCGCGUCCCCUUCCCCGGUGGGCGGGCUGUGGGUCCCUGCUAGGAUCGAAGCUCUUUCACUUGGGGCUGGGUUCCCGGCUGAGCAGGCCUCAGGUGACCCCCCCCCCCCCCCUCCUUACCCCCGCCCCAAGCUGUGGCCAGACUUGGCAGGCUGCGCUGCCACAAGGGGGCGCCCCAGCCCGCGUGGGAGGCUGGCAGCUCUGGGGCUCUCUGGUCGCGCGCUGAGUCUGCUCUGCCCUGCAGGGGACACGGCCUCUAACCUGGGCAGCGCCGUGGACGAGCUCAUGAGGCACCAGCCCACGCUCAAGACGGACGCCACCACCGCCAUCAUCAAGCUGCUGGAGGAGAUCUGCAACCUGGGCCGGGACCCCAAGUACAUCUGCCAGAAGCCAUCCAUCCAGAAGGCCGACGGCACGGCCACGGCCCCGCCGCCCCGCUCCACCCACGCGGCCGAGGAGGCCUCCAGCGAAGACGAGGAGGAGGAGGAGGUGCAGGCCAUGCAGAGUUUCAAUGCCACUCAGCAGAGCGAGGCAGAGCCCAGCCAGCAGGUCGUUGGGACGGAGGAGCGAAUCCCCAUCCCCCUCAUGGACUAUAUCCUCAACGUGAUGAAAUUCGUGGAAUCCAUCCUCAGCAACAACACCACGGACGACCACUGUCAGGAGUUCGUGAGCCAGAAGGGGCUGCUGCCUCUGGUCACCAUCCUGGGCCUGCCCAACCUGCCCAUUGACUUCCCCACCUCGGCCGCCUGCCAGGCUGUGGCGGGCGUCUGCAAAUCUAUCCUGACGCUCUCCCAUGAGCCCAAGGUGCUGCAGGAGGGGCUGCUGCAGCUUGACUCGAUCCUCUCUUCCCUGGAGCCCCUGCACCGGCCCAUCGAGGCGCCGGGCGGCUCCGUGCUGCUGCGGGAGCUGGCCUGCGCGGGCAACGUAGCUGACGCCACCCUGUCGGCCCAGGCCACGCCGCUGCUCCACGCGCUGACGGCCGCCCACGCCUACAUCAUGAUGUUCGUCCACACCUGCCGGGUGGGCCAGAGCGAGAUCCGGGCCAUCUCGGUGAACCAGUGGGGCUCCCACCUGGGCCUCAGCGUUCUCAGCAAGCUAAGCCAGCUCUACUGCUCCCUGGUGUGGGAGAGCACCGUGCUGCUGUCCCUCUGCACUCCCAACAGCUUGCCGACAGGCUGUGAGUUCGGCCAGGCCGACAUGCAGAAGCUGGUGCCCAAGGAGGAGAAGGCCGCACCCAACGCCCCCCAGGGAGCCAAGAAAGCAGAAGGUGAAGCGGAGGCGGUUGCGGGCGGGAGUGUGGAGCCAUCGGCCCAGGGGCUGCUGGAGGGGAUUGGCCUGGAUGGAGACGCGCUGGCCCCCAUGGAGACGGACGAGCCCAGCACUGCCGACGCCAAGGGCAAGGCCAAGAUCACACCAGCCAUGGCGGCCAGGAUCAAGCAGAUCAAACCCCUCCUUUCGGCCUCGUCCCGUCUGGGCCGCGCUCUGGCCGAGCUGUUUGGGCUGCUGGUGAAACUGUGCGUGGGCUCCCCGGUGCGCCAGAGACGGAGCCACCAUGCUGCCAGCACCACCACCGCCCCCACGCCGGCCGCCCGCUCCACUGCCUCGGCCCUCACCAAGCUGCUGACCAAGGGGCUCUCCUGGCAGCCCCCGCCCUACACCCCCACGCCCCGCUUCCGGCUGACAUUCUUCAUCUGCUCCGUGGGGUUCACGUCGCCCAUGCUGUUCGACGAGCGCAAGUAUCCCUACCACCUCAUGCUGCAGAAAUUCCUCUGCUCCGGCGGCCACAAUGCCCUCUUCGAGACCUUCAACUGGGCCCUCUCCAUGGGGGGCAAGGUCCCCGUGGCCGAGGGGCUGGAGCACCCGGACCUGCCGGACGGGACGGGGGAGUUCCUGGACGCCUGGCUCAUGCUGGUGGAGAAGAUGGUGAACCCCAGCACGGUGCUGGAAUCUCCCCACGCUCUUCCCGCCAAGCUGCCGGGAGGGCAGAACUACCCGCAGUUCAGCGCCCUGCGCUUCCUGGUGGUGACCCAGAAGGCGGCAUUCACCUGCAUCAAGAACCUGUGGAACCGCAAGCCCCUGAAAGUGUACGGGGGGCGCAUGGCAGAGUCCAUGCUGGCCAUCCUGUGCCACAUCCUGAGAGGGGAGCCCCUCAUCCGCGAGCGCCUGGGCAAGGAGAAGGAGGGGGCACGGGGUGAGGAGGAGGCAGGGCAGGAGGAGGGCGGAGCCCGGCGUGAGCCCCAGGUCAACCAGCAGCAGCUGCAGCAGCUGAUGGACAUGGGUUUCACACGGGAGCACGCCAUGGAGGCCCUGCUGAACACCAGCACCAUGGAGCAGGCCACUGAGUACCUCCUGACCCACCCACCACCACUCAUGGGUGGGGUCGUACGGGACCUGAGCAUGUCGGAGGAGGACCAGAUGAUGCGAGCCAUCGCCAUGUCGCUGGGCCAGGAUAUCCCCAUGGAGCAGCGGGCCGAGUCCCCGGAGGAGGCAGCCUGCCGGAAGGAGGAAGAGGAGCGCAAGGCGCGGGAGAAGCAGGAGGAGGAGGAGGCCAAGUGCCUGGAGAAGUUUGAGGACGCGCAGCCGCUGGACCCGGCCGAGCUGCACGGCUUCACGGACGCCAUGUUGCCCGGCUGCUCCCAGCUGCUGGACGAGCUGCCGGACACCGUGUACCGUGUCUGCGACCUCAUCAUGACGGCCGUCAAGCGCAACGGCGCCCCCUACCGCGACACCAUCCUCAAGCAAGUGGUCAAGCAGGUGUGGGAAGCGGCCGACGUGCUCAUCAAGGCGGCCCUGCCCCUCACCACCAGCGACACCAAGACGGUCUCGGAGUGGAUCAGCCAGAUGGCCACGCUGCCCCAGGCUGCCAACCUGGCCACCCGCAUCCUGCUGCUCACCCUGCUCUUCGAGGAGCUGAAGCUGCCGUGUGCCCGCGUGGUGGAGUCGAGCGGUGUCCUUAACGUACUGAUCAAGCUGCUGGAGGUGGUGCAGCCCUGCCUCCAGGCCGCCAAGGAGCAGAAGGAGGUGCAGACCCCCAAGUGGAUCACCCCGGUGCUGCUGCUCAUUGACUUUUACGAGAAGACGGCCAUCUCGUCCAAGAGGAGAGCCCAGAUGAACAAGGUACCGGCCUUGCGAGGCCUUGUCGGCUCUGUCCGGGUGGGGGGAUCUGGAGGGGGGGGAGAGCAGGCCAGGAGAUGGCUGGCGGCGGGGGAGCGCAGGGGGGCUGCCAUCCCCAAUGUGCUCUGCCGCCCAGAGGCCCCAGUGCCCACGGAGCCCCUGCCCCCCGAGAAGGAGGCGGCCCCCGAGGAGCCGAAGGCGGCCGAGAUCCUGAUCGAGGGGCUGACGGAGGAGAUGGUGACGGUGCUGAUCCGGGCCUGCGUGAGCAUGCUGGGGGUGCCGGUGGACCCCGACACGCUGCACGCCACCCUGCGCCUCUGCCUGCGUCUGACGCGCCACCACAAGUACGCCCUGAUGUUCGCCGAGCUCCGCAGCACCCGCGUGAUCCUCAGCCUGACCCAGAGCUCCGGCUUCAACGGCUUCACGCCCCUCGUCACCCUGCUCUUCCGGCACGUCAUCGAGGAGCCCUGCACCCUGCGCCACACCAUGGAGAAGGUUGUGCGCUCGGCGGCCACCAGCGGCGCGGGCAGCACCACCUCCGGGGUGGUGUCGGGCAGCCUGGGCUCCCGUGAGAUCAACUACAUCCUGCGCGUGCUGGGCCCGGCCGCUUGCCGCAACCCAGAGAUCUUCACCGAGGUGGCCAACGGCUGCAUCCGCAUCGCCCUGCCCGCCCCCCGCGGCUCGGGCACCGCAUCGGACGACGAGUUCGAGAACUUGCGGAUCAAGGGCCCCAACGCGGUGCAGCUGGUGAAGACGACGCCGGUGAAGCCGUCGGCCCUGCCCGUCAUCCCCGACCCCAUCAAGGAGGUGAUCUACGACAUGCUGAACGCGCUGGCAGCCUACCACGCCCCCGACGAAGCUGAGAAGAGCGAGGCCAAGCCGGUCACGGCCAGCCAGGAGGUGAGCCAGCUGCUGUCGGACAUGGGCGACGACGUGUACCAGCAGUACCGCUCCCUCACCCGCCAGGGCAGCGACUUCGACUCGCAGAGCGGCUUCGCCAUCACUGCCCAGGUGUUUGGCGCAGACGGAGCAGCCGCCGAGACGCCGCCAUCUGGGACCCCUCAAGGAGAAGCCUCUACCCCGGAGGAGUCGCGGGAGGGCCGGAAGGACAAGGAGGGAGACAAGGCGACGGAGGAGGGCAAGCAGAAGGCCAAGGGCAGCAAGCCGCUCAUGCCCACCUCCACCAUCCUGCGACUGCUGGCCGAGCUGGUGCGCUCCUAUGUGGGCAUCGCCGCCCUCAUCGCCAACUACAGCUAUACCGUGGGCCAGUCCGAGCUCAUCAAGGAGGACUGCAGUGUGUUGGCCUUUGUCCUGGACCACCUGCUGCCCCACACCCAGAAUGCAGAGGACAAGGACACCCCCGCGCUGGCCCGUCUCUUCCUCGCCAGCCUGGCUGCAGCGGGCAGCGGCACGGACGCCCAGGUGGCACUGGUGAACGAGGUGAAGGCGGCGUUGGGCCGGGCGCUGGCCAUGGCGGAGAGCACCGAGAAACAUGCCAGGCUGCAGGCCGUGAUGUGCAUCAUCAGCACCAUCAUGGAGUCCUGCCCCUCCACCUCCAGCUUCUACAGCAGCGCGGCCGCCAAGACGCAGCACAACGGCAUGAACAACAUCAUCCGCCUCUUCCUCAAGAAGGGGCUGGUCAGCGACCUGGCGCGGGUACCCCACAGCCUCGACCUCUCCAGGUGCGCCCGGACUCCUGGGUUCUCUCCCCGGCUCUGGGAGGAGAGUGGGGGCUGGUGGUUAGAGCAGGGGGAGCUGGGAGCCAGGACUCCUGGGUUCCCGCGCCGGCUCUGGGAGGGGAGUGGGGGCUGCUCCAGGCCGUCUCCUGAUCGCACUGUUCCCCCAGGGGAGCCGGGUGAGGCCGGUGCCCAUGAGGAAGACCACGACGCGGGCCAGGCGGAGGUGGCGGACGGCGACAUCAUGGACGGGGAGGCGGAGGGCGACGCGGUGGUGAUCGCCGGGCAGCCUGAGGUGCUCAGCACCCAAGAGAUGCAGGUGGAGAACGAGCUGGAGGACCUGAUAGACGAGCUGCUGGAGCGCGAUGGCGGCCCUGGGAACAGCACCAUCAUCGUGAGCCGCAGCGGGGAGGACGACGCCCCGGAAGACGUGCUGAUGGACGAGGCCCCCUCCAACCUUAGCCAGGGCUCCACGCUCCAGGCCAACCGGGAAGGUAAGGGACUCCUGGGUCCUCUCCCGGCUCUGGAGGCCGGCUGUAAGCAGGCUGUGUGCCGGCAGGACGACGAGGAAGGCGAGGAGGGGGAGGAGGAGGAGGAGGACGACGAUGGCUCGGAGAUGGAGCUGGACGAGGAUUACCCCGACAUGAACGCCUCGCCCCUGGUGCGCUUCGAACGCUUCGACCGCGAGGACGACCUCAUCAUCGAGUUCGACAACAUGUUCUCCAGCGCCACGGAUAUCCCCCCCUCCCCAGGAAACAUCCCGGCCACUCACCCGCUCAUGGUGCGGCACGCAGACCACAGCUCCCUGACCCUCGGCAGCGGCUCCUCCACCACCCGCCUGGCCCAGGGCAUCGGGCGGAGCCAGCGGACGCUGCGCCAGCUGACGGCCAACACCGGCCACACGAUCCACGUGCACUACCCCGGCACGCGGCAGCCCAACCCCCCCCUCAUCCUGCAGAGAUUGCUGGGUCCCUCGGCCGCAGCCGACAUCCUCCAGCUGAGCAGCAGCCUCCCGCUGCAGAGCCGGGGCCGCGCCCGCCUCCUGGUGGGGAACGACGACGUCCACAUCAUCGCCCGCUCCGACGACGAGCUGCUGGACGACUUCUUCCACGACCAGAGCACGGCCACCAGCCAGGCAGGGACCCUCUCCAGCAUCCCCACCGCCCUGACGCGCUGGACCGAGGAGUGCAAGGUGCUGGACGCGGAGAGCAUGCAUGACUGCGUCUCAGUGGUGAAGGUUCCCAUCGUUAACCACCUGGAGGCGCUGCGGGACGAGGAGCUGGAGGAGCGCCGGGAGAAGCGCCGGAAGCAGCUGGCCGAGGAGGAGGCCAAAGCCACGGACAAAGCCAAGGAGGAGAAGGACGGGAAGGAGCAGAGCGCCCAGGGGGCGGUGCCCACACCUAACACCGCCACCGAGCAGAGUCUCUCAGAUGCGGCCGGCCGGACUGACGGUUUCCCCGCCGCCCCGCCCGCUGCUGAGGGCCCCUCCGCCGGCCCCAAGCAGACGCUGGUCACCCUGGAGACCCCACAGCCGGCAGCGGUGGGUGGGGAGCUGCCUCCGGAGCUCGCCGGGCAGCCCAGCACCGAGGCCUCGCGCCAGCUGCUGGUGCCGGCCGAGCAAGAGGACUCGGGGCCGGGGAGGCCCAAUGCCGACGCGGAGGCCACCCAGAUGGAGCUGUCACCUGCCCCCACCAUCACCUCGCUGUCCCCAGAGAGGGCAGAGGACUCGGAUGCCCUGACGGCCGUUAGCAGCCAGCUGGAGGGCUCGCCCAUGGACACCAGCAGCCUGGCCUCCUGCAGCCUGGAGGAGGGCGUCGGGGAGGGCGCCGUGCCCGGUGGGGCGGAGCAGCCUCCUGCCCACGGUGCCCCCGGGGCCGUGCCAGCCCAACAGCGCCCCGAGGGCCAGGCCGGCGGCGACAGCCUGGCCGAUGCCAGCCAGCAAGGGGAGGACAGCUCACCCCCUGCUUCGUCCUCCGAGAGCUCCUCUACCAGGGACUCGGCCGUGGCCAUCUCCGGAGCCGACUCCCGGGGCAUCCUGGAGGAGCCGCUGCCCUCCACCAGCAGCGAAGAGGAGGACCCGCUAGCAGGGAUAAACCUCCCCGAGGGCGUGGACCCUUCCUUCCUGGCGGCCCUGCCAGAUGACAUCCGGCGUGAGGUGCUGCAGAACCAGCUGGGCAUCCGGCCGCCAGCCCGGCCUCCCCCCACGGCUACCACCCCCACCCCGCCCGUGGUGAGCAACCCCGGGGUGACAGAGGUCAGCCCUGAGUUCCUGGCUGCCCUGCCCCCCGCCAUCCAGGAGGAGGUGCUGGCGCAGCAGCGGGUGGAGCAGCAGCGGCGGGAGCUGGCGCAGGGCAUCAGCUCGGACACGCCCAUGGACCCGGUGACCUUCAUCCAGACGCUGCCCUCGGACCUGCGGCGCUCGGUGCUGGAGGACAUGGAGGACAGCGUGCUGGCCGUCAUGCCCCCCGACAUCGCCGCCGAGGCCCAGGCCCUGCGCCGCGAGCAGGAGGCCCGGCAGCGCCAGCUCAUGCACGAGCGGCUCUUCGGGCACUCCAGCACCUCGGCCCUGUCGGCCAUCCUGCGCAGCCCGGGAGCCGGCUCUCCCCCCAGGCCGUCGGGCAGCACGGUGGACAGCCUCCUGCGGCUGCGGGGCCGGCUGCUGCUGGACCACGAGGCGCUGUCCUGCCUGCUGGUGCUGCUGUUCGUGGACGAGCCCAAGCUGAACACGAGCCGGCUGCACCGGGUGCUGCGCAACCUCUGCUACCACGGCCAGACGCGGGGCUGGGUGAUCCGCAGCCUGCUGUCCAUCCUGCAGCGCAGCAGCGAGAGCGAGCCCUGCCUGGAGACGCCCAAGGGGCCGCCGGACGAGCGGGGCAAGCGGGCCGCCAAGGCCGGGGCCCCCGAGGGCCGCCCCCUGGAGCUGCUGCACAAGAUGGAGGCCCGCAGCUCGGGCCAGCUCUCCUGGCUCUCCGUCUCCAUGGACGCCGCCCUGGGCUGCCGCACCAACAUCUUCCAGAUCCAGCGGGCCGGCGGGCGCAAGCACACGGAGAAGCACGCCGCCGGCACCGCCGCCGGCGCCGCCGUCCACAUCCACCCGCAGGCCGCCCCCGUGGUGUGUCGCCACGUGCUGGACACCCUCAUCCAGCUGGCCAAGGUGUUCCCCAGCCACUUCACGCAGCAGCGGCCCAAAGAGACGCCCUGCGAGGGGGAGCGGGGCGCCAGGCAGUCGGGCAGCCCUGGCCAGGCCAGUGGCAUCUCCACCGACUUCUGGGACUUGCUGGUCAAACUGGACAACAUGAACGUGAGCCGCAAGGGCAAGAACUCGGUCAAGUCGGUGCCGGUGAGCGCGGGCGCCGAGGGUGAGAGCUCCCCCUACAGCCUGGAGGCCUCGCCGCUGGGCCAGCUCAUGAACAUGCUCUCGCACCCCGUCAUCCGGCGCAGCUCGCUGCUGACCGAGAAGCUGCUGCGCUUGCUGUCGCUCAUCUCCAUCGCCCUGCCGGAGAACAAGGCGCCCGAGGGGCCGGGCACCGCCCCCGCCCCAACCGCGCCCUCCGCCGGGGCCGCCGCCCCCACCCCUGCCCCUGCCCCUGCCCCCACCGUGCCAGCUCCCGCCAAGGGCAGCAAAUCUCCCGCCAAGGCGGGCGAGGCGGGCGGCGGCGGGACAGACGGCAAGAUGGUGGCGUCGGGCCUGACGGAAAGCCAGCUGCAGCUGUCGGUAGAGGUGCUGACGUCUCACUCCUGCUCGGAGGAGGGGCUGGAGGAUGCAGCCAACGUCCUGCUCCAGCUCUCGCGGGGCGACUCGCCCACCCGGGACACGGUGCUGCGGCUGCUGCUCAGUGGAGCCCGCCAGCUGGGCUACACCCUCUGCAAGCAGAUCGGCACGCUGCUGGCGGAGCUGCGCGAGUACAACCUGGAGCAGCAGCGGCGGGCGCAGUGCGAGCUGCUCUCCCCCGACGGGCUCCCCGACGAGCAGCCCCAGACCACCAAGCUGAAGGGCAAGAUGCAGAGCCGGUUCGACACGGCGGAGAACGUGGUGAUCGUGGCCUCCCAGAAGCGGCCCCUGGGCGGGCGGGAGCUGCAGCUGCCCUCCAUGUCCAUGCUGACCUCCAAGACCUCCACCCAGAAGUUCUUCCUGCGCGUGCUGCAGGUCAUCAUCCAGCUGCGGGACGACACGCGCCGCGCCAACAAGAAGGCCAAGCAGACGGGCCGGCUCGGUAGCUCCGGUCUGGGCUCAGCUAGCAGCAUCCAGGCCGCUGUCCGGCAGCUGGAGGCUGAGGCUGACGCCAUUAUACAAAUGGUACGUGAGGGGCAGCGGGCGCGGCGCCGGCAGCCAGCAGCAACGUCCGAGCCGAGCCAGUCGGAAGGGGCUGUUCGGAGGGAUGAGUCGCCUAUGGACGUCGAUCAGCCCUCGCCCGUCACACAGGAUGCCCAGUUGGUUGGUUCGGAAGGACCCCAGCCCGGGGAGAAGGAGGAGCGGCCCCCGGAUCUGCCCCUCCUGAGCGAGCAGCUGAACCUGGACGAACUCUGGGCCAUGCUGGGCGAGUGCUUGAAGGAGCUGGAGGAGUCCCACGACCAGCACGCUGUGCUAGUGCUGCAGCCGGCGGUGGAAGCUUUCUUCCUGGUGCAUGCAACGGAGCGGGAGAGCAAGCCCCCGGUGCGGGACACCCGCGAGAGCCAGCUGGCCCACAUCAAGGACGAGCCCCCGCCCCUGUCGCCCGCCCCCCUCACCCCCGCCACCCCCUCCUCGCUGGACCCCUUCUUCUCCCGCGAGCCCUCCUCCAUGCACAUCUCCUCCAGCCUGCCCCCCGACACCCAGAAGUUCCUGCGCUUCGCAGAGACCCACCGCACGGUGCUAAACCAGAUACUGCGCCAGUCCACCACCCACCUGGCCGACGGGCCCUUCGCUGUCCUGGUCGACUACAUCCGCGUGCUGGACUUCGACGUCAAGCGCAAGUAGGGAGGGCAGGGGGCAGGUUUGGGAAUGUGGGGUGAGGGAGCGGGGCAGGCUUGGGCGCCGGGGCCGUGUCCAGCAGCAGGGCGUUCCCCAGGCCCUGACACCCUGCACCGGGGCCGUGUCCAGCGGCGGUACAUCGUGUUCGAGGGCGAGGAGGGGCAGGAUGCGGGCGGGCUGCUCCGGGAGUGGUACAUGAUCAUCUCGCGGGAGAUGUUCAACCCCAUGUACGCCCUGUUCCGCACCUCGCCCGGCGACCGCGUCACCUACACCAUCAAUCCCUCGUCCCACUGCAACCCCAACCACCUGAGCUACUUCAAAUUCGUGGGGCGCAUCGUGGCCAAGGCCGUGUACGACAACCGCCUGCUGGAGUGUUACUUCACCCGCUCCUUCUACAAGCACAUCCUGGGCAAGUCCGUCAGGUACACGGAUAUGGAGAGCGAGGAUUACCACUUCUACCAGGGCCUGGUUUACCUGCUGGAAAACGACGUGUCCACACUAGGUUACGACCUGACCUUCAGCACCGAGGUGCAGGAGUUCGGGGUGUGUGAGGUGCGGGACCUCAAGCCCAACGGCGCCAAUAUCCUGGUGACGGAGGAGAACAAGAAGGAAUACGUGCACCUGGUCUGCCAGAUGAGGAUGACGGGAGCCAUCCGCAAGCAGCUGGCUGCCUUCCUGGAGGGUUUCUACGAGAUCAUCCCCAAGCGCCUCAUCUCCAUCUUCACGGAGCAGGAGCUGGAGCUUCUCAUCUCGGGGCUGCCCACCAUCGACAUCGACGACCUCAAAUCCAACACCGAGUACCACAAGUACCAGUCCAACUCCAUCCAGAUCCAGUGGUUCUGGCGAGCCCUGCGUUCCUUCGACCAGGCGGACCGAGCCAAGUUCCUGCAGUUCGUGACAGGCACCUCCAAGGUCCCCCUGCAGGGCUUCGCCGCCCUGGAGGGCAUGAACGGCAUCCAAAAAUUCCAGAUCCACCGGGACGACCGCUCCACCGACAGAUUGCCUUCCGCUCACACGUGUUUCAAUCAGCUGGACCUUCCCGCCUACGAGAGCUACGAGAAGCUACGUCACAUGCUGCUACUGGCCAUCCAGGAGUGCUCGGAAGGCUUCGGCCUGGCGUGAGCCGGGCGCCCGCCUCCGCGGCUCUUUUUGUACUGAGGCAGACUCGGGGGACAGGGAGGGGCCAAGCCAUGGGGGCGGGGCUUAGCGGAUCUCCACCCCUUCCCUUUCCGAGGUGGCGCCCCCCCCUCCCACCACACACACACACACACACACACACCCCACGCGUCCGGAGAGAAGACAAAUGAUAUAUAUAAAUAUA